AGCGAGGGAACAGUGCGCGCUGCGCUCCGCCCAGCUCCGUUCCGCUCUGCAGAGCUGGCGCGGCCAGGGCGCAGUGAGGGCUGACUCGGCCCGGCGCCCGCCGCUGCACGCGCUCCCUCCGCGGCGGGACCUGGGUGCCUCGGCCGCUCCCCCGAGGCCUGAGGCGCCACAGGCGGGAACCGGAGCAGGGUCGGGGCGGGGGAUCCGGCAGGAGCAGAGGCGCGCGGACGCACAGCCCCGGGGUCCCUCCCAGCCUCGGGUGGCCAGCAGGAGGGGCGGCAGCCCGGGACCGUCGGGGACCGCAGCUGCUCCGGGGUGGAGCCCGUGCCACCGCCCACUCGGGACAGAGUUUGUCCAAAUCCAAGGGAUUGGUCCUGGGGCAGUGAGGGAGAGUCAAAGCUGACUGGAUGCUGCCCUGAGAAUUUAUGCCUCUGCAGAAUUAAGGAUGACUGGUUGCUGGUGUGUCAGAUUUCUCUGCUGAAGAGUCCCUGAAUGAGAGGGCGCUGACGCCAACCAAGUCCCACCUUCUCUGUGAACUGGGGAGCAGGGCUGUGUGGCCCAGGUGGCACUCAUGCCGAAGAAUAGCAAGGUGACCCAGCGAGAGCACAGUAGUGAGCAUGUCACAGAGUCGGUGGCUGACCUGCUGGCCCUGGAGGAGCCUGUGGACUACAAGCAGAGUGUCCUGAAUGUGGCGGGCGAGGCAGGAGGCAAACAGAAGGUGGUGGAGGAGGAGCUGGAGGCAGAGGACCGUCCUGCCUGGAACAGCAAGCUGCAGUACAUCCUGGCCCAGAUUGGUUUCUCUGUGGGCCUGGGCAACAUCUGGAGGUUUCCCUACCUGUGCCAGAAAAAUGGCGGAGGUGCCUACCUGGUGCCCUACCUGGUGCUGCUGAUCAUCAUUGGGAUCCCCCUCUUCUUCCUGGAGCUGGCUGUGGGCCAGAGGAUCCGCCGGGGCAGCAUCGGUGUGUGGCACUACGUGUGUCCCCGCCUGGGUGGCAUCGGCUUCUCCAGCUGCAUUGUCUGCCUUUUCGUGGGGCUCUAUUACAAUGUGAUCAUUGGGUGGAGCAUCUUCUACUUCUUCAAAUCCUUCCAGUACCCCUUGCCUUGGAGCGAGUGCCCUGUUGUCAGAAAUGGGACCACAGCAGUGGUGGAGCCUGAGUGCGAGAAGAGCUCAGCCACUACCUACUUCUGGUACCGAGAGGCCUUGGACAUCUCUAACUCUAUCUCAGAGAGCGGCGGCCUCAACUGGAAGAUGACCCUUUGCCUCCUGGUGGCCUGGAGCAUCGUGGGCAUGGCUGUUGUCAAAGGCAUUCAGUCUUCAGGGAAGGUGAUGUACUUCAGUUCACUCUUCCCUUACGUGGUGCUGGCUUGCUUCCUGGUCCGGGGACUGCUGCUGCGUGGGGCUGUUGAUGGCAUCCUGCACAUGUUUACACCCAAGCUGGACAAAAUGCUGGACCCUCAGGUAUGGCGGGAGGCAGCCACACAGGUCUUCUUUGCUCUGGGGCUGGGCUUCGGGGGUGUCAUCGCCUUCUCUAGCUACAACAAGCAGGACAACAACUGCCACUUUGACGCUGCCUUGGUAUCCUUCAUCAACUUCUUCACCUCAGUGCUGGCCACCCUUGUAGUGUUUGCUGUGCUGGGCUUCAAAGCCAACAUCAUGAACGAAAAGUGUGUGGUCGAGAAUGCAGAGAAAAUUCUGGGGUACCUCAACACCAAUGUCCUGAGCAGGGACCUCAUCCCUCCCCACGUGAACUUCUCUCACCUUACCACCAAGGACUACUCAGAGAUGUACAGGGUCAUCAUGACUGUAAAGGAGGAUCAUUUCCCAUCCCUUGGCCUUGAUCCCUGCCUGCUGGAGGAUGAACUGGACAAGUCUGUGCAGGGCACAGGCCUGGCCUUCAUUGCCUUCACUGAGGCCAUGACGCACUUCCCCGCCUCCCCCUUCUGGUCUGUCAUGUUCUUCCUCAUGCUCAUCAACCUGGGCCUGGGCAGCAUGAUCGGGACCAUGGCGGGCAUCACCACACCCAUCAUUGACACCUUCAAGGUGCCCAAGGAGAUGUUCACAGUGGGCUGCUGUGUCUUUGCAUUCUUCGUGGGGCUCUUGUUCGUCCAGCGCUCUGGGAACUACUUUGUCACCAUGUUUGAUGACUACUCAGCCACCCUGCCACUCACCGUCAUCGUCAUCCUGGAGAACAUUGCUGUGGCCUGGAUCUAUGGGACCAAGAAGUUCAUGCAGGAGCUGACAGAGAUGCUGGGCUUCCAGCCCUACCGCUUCUAUUUCUACAUGUGGAAGUUUGUGUCUCCGCUGUGCAUGGCUGUGCUCACUACUGCCAGCAUCAUCCAGCUGGGGGUCACACCCCCUGGCUACAGUGCCUGGAUCAAGGAGGAGGCUGCUGAGCGCUACCUGUACUUCCCCAACUGGGCCAUGGCCCUCCUGAUCACCCUCAUCAUCGUGGCCACCCUGCCCAUCCCAGUGGUGUUCAUCCUGCGCCACUUCCACUUGCUCUCUGACGGUUCCAACACCCUCUCCGUGUCCUACAAGAAGGGCCGCAUGAUGAAGGACAUCUCCAACCUGGAGGAGAACGAUGAGACCCGCUUCAUCCUCAGCAAGGUGCCCAGUGAGGCACCCUCCCCCAUGCCCACACACCGCUCUUACCUAGGGCCCGGCAGCACGUCACCCCUGGAGAACAGCGGCAACCCCAACGGACGCUAUGGGAGCGGCUACCUCUUAGCCGGCACCCCCGAGUCGGAGCUGUGACCACUGCCCUGGCCCUUCCCUCCUCUCCCAGUCCCGAAACCCAAGCAGCCCAUUUCCAGACCCUCUGCCUGGGGGAGAGGGUCUGCGCUACUUUGGUCCCCACCACAGUCCUGGCAACUCCCGUUCCUGGGACCUGAGUGGGGACCAGCAGAGGCUAUGCCCCUUGGCCCAGGUACCCCAUCCAUCUCACUUUCUCAGACCCUGUCAUCAGUUCCCAGCCAAAUAACAGAAACAGCCCAGGACUCCUGACUCCAGCACAGCUGAGGCUCUGGGUGGCCAUUUAGGAGUCCCUGUACCUUCCUUCUCUCCCUCCAACCUGCCAUUUGCAGUUCUUAGGUCUCAGGAGUGCUACCAGGAAGUGGUGGUGAGAAAAGCCAGGGUAGAGGUUUUGGGGGGGACUUGGAAUGGGGUUCUGUUUUCUGAGGCAGUUAGUGCCCUCUGACUUGAUCAUGAGCCUUGGCAGUGGAGGAGGGGACUCCUUUGCCCCCAGCUCUAGAUGGAAUCUUCCUGGAUCUCUGCCCCUGCUUAGGGCUUGGGUAGGGUAAGCCCCUAAAUCUGUAUUGAGGGUGGAGGUGGUAAUCCUUUUCCGUGCCCAUUAGGGCUUAGGGGUCUCCCUCCCCACUACCACCCCAUCCCCUUCCUGGAGCUGAGUGGUGGCCACUGCCUCAUUGCCCAGAGAGAAGGGGCAGUGUGUGGACGGGUUUCUAGAGCACACGUGAUAGUUUAUCGCACAGUUGAGACAGUUCACAGCACAAUUGUGAAGCACACCCUUUCUCCCCAUGCUCGGGGCCUCACUCAUUAGUGGCAGCUUCUCCCUUGGAACAGGGAUCCCUGGAAUUCGGAGCUUCCUACCCAGGCAGCCUCAGACCUGGGAAAGACAUAUGUCGCUUCCUCUUGGGCUGUCACUCUCUCUUAUUGUACAAGCACAGCCAAACAGUGUGUGCGUCACUUGUGGACACCUCUCAAACCUUCCCCAAGUCUCCCUGCCUGGGCCAGGGGGCACCUCAGCAGUGCUGUGGAUGCUGGCUUCAUCAUGAGGUCUAUCCACUUCCCCCCAGCAUCCUCACACACCUUGAUCAAUGAGCCUCACCUAGAAAAUGGGCUAGCUUGGGGGUACAAGCUGGGAGAAUUAGAGCUAAACUGGAGAACAGAUGUGGAGAGAUGAAUGGACUGAUGGGAAGAUGGAUGGAUGGGUGGAUAAAGUGGAUGCAUGAAUGGAAAGAUAGGUAGGUGGGUGGGUGGGUAGAUGGAUGGACCAAUGAAGGAAGACUGUCUGGGACAGCAGACCUCUAUCUUUGAGAUCCAGGGACAGUGGUAAGCCAUGGCCCCUUCAAAGAGUGUCCCCCACUCUUGUGGCUCUGAUUUCUCUCAGCACUGGGACAGACUAAUCCCAGUAUACCCCUCUACCUCCUUAGUCCCUUUGCCCCCUCCCCUUGCUAGAGGUCCACCCCCAUCUCCUUUGUUCACCCCCUAUACCUCCUCCCAUCUCCAGAUGUUCAGCCAUACCUGCCUCUCCUGAGUGUGCAGGGGACGGGGCCCACAUCUCCCCAAACACUCGAGCUUAGUGGGCACAACAUCCCGCCUUAGCCCCCUCACCUGACAACACCUCCUACCUGGCCCCCUACCUAAAUCUUCAGCAGAAUUAGCAACAGGAAAAAGCAAGGCCCCAAGAGAGACACUCUAGUAUAUAUAUAUAUAUAUAUAUAUAUAUAUAUAUAUAUAUAUAUAUAAAUACCCUUCUAUAUAUUCUAUUUCUAUUGUAUAUUCAAUCUGUACAUGUGGGUGUAAAUGCUGUUAAAUGACAAACCCAAUAUUAUACUGUGGCUGGUGGGCUAUUUUCAUCCUCA